AUGAGCAACCUCAAGCGAAAGGAUGCCCCGGGUGGCCAGCCGCCGGCCAAAUCGGCCAAGGGCUCAAAGGAGGCCCGGCCAUCCAAGAACGAAAAGGAGUUGCCCAAAGCCAAGGAUGGCAAGACGGUCAAGCCGAUCAAGACGGCCAAGCCCCGCGCCGACGGCCCAAAGGCCCCCGUCGUUUCCCUCCUCAAGGACGACGAGCCCAUCUUCCCCCGUGGGGGGGGCAGUGUCCUGACGCCCCUCGAGCAGAAGCAGAUCCAGCUGGAGGCCAAGGCCGACGCCCUGCGCGAGGACGAGUUCGAAACGGCCACCAAGACGCAAAAGAAGAAGACGAGGCGGGUGUCGUUGAAAAAGGGCGAGAGCAAGGCCGGCCGCAAGCAGGAUGCCGAGGAUGCCAUUCGGGUCGAGAGUCUCAACUUCAAGAAACUGGUCAAGGGUUCCCUCGUCCUCGGCCAGGUGACGCGAGUCAACCGCCUCGACCUCGAAGUCGCCUUGCCCAACAACCUGACCGGCCACGUCUCCAUCGUCGCCGUCUCGGACCAGUUGACCAGCAGGAUACAGAAAAAUGCGGACAAGGAUGACGACUCCGACGACUCCGACGACGACUCCGACGGCGAUGUCGUCCAACUCAGGUCCAUCUUCACCCCGGGCCAGUACCUACGCCUCUACGUCAUCUCCACCGUGGAUGAAUCUGCCAGCGGCAAGGGCAAGCGCCACAUCGAGCUCUCCCUGCGCCCUGCCGAGGCCAACGCCGGCCUCAACAAGGACGACGUCGUGCCGAACAGCACCGUCAUGGCAGCCGUCGUCAGCGUCGAAGACCACGGCUGCGUCAUGGAUCUCGGAAUCCCUGGCUCGCGAGCCUUCCUCCCCACGGCCGAGGUCGAUCCUUCGGUCGACCAGGAGCGCCUCCAGCCCGGUGCCGUCUUCCUCUGCCACGUCUCCAAGAACGCCGGCGGCAAGGUCGCCCAGCUCUCGCUGCUCCAGAACAAGCUCGGCAACGUCAAGGCCGUCCCGUCCGAAGCCACCACCAUCAACACAUAUCUGCCCGGCACCGCCGUCGACGUCCUGAUCACCAACGUCGACCGAAGAGGCCUUGCCGGCAAGGUCAUGGGCCACCUCGACGUCACCGCUGACCUCAUUCACUCCGGCGCCGGUCCGAGAAACACGGACCUCGAGGAGGUGUACAAGGUCGGCGCCAAGGUCAAGGCCCGCGUCAUCUGCAACUUUCCGACCGCCAAGGAUCCCAAGUUGGGCAUCUCGCUGCUUCCUCACCUCCAAUCCCUGACCCGCAUGUAUCCGGACGAGGACGCUCACAACCUCCCGACGGCCGUCCUGCCCAUCUCGUCCCUCGUCGAGAAGUGCACCGUCCGUCACGUCGAAAAUGAGAUUGGCCUCUUCGUCGAGACUGCCGUCGCCGGCCUCGUCGGCUUCGUCCACAUCUCGCGCGUCAAGGACGGCAAGGUCGACGCGCUCUACCAGGCCAGCGGCCCCUACCAGCAUGGCUCCGUCCACAAGGGCCGCGUCGUCGGCUACAGCGAGAUGGACGGCCUCUUCCAGAUCUCGUUUGAGAAGACCAUCCUCGAGCAGCAGUACAUCCGGCUCGAAGACGUGCCGAUUGGCGCCGUCGUCACCUGCGAGGUCGAAAAGUUGAUCGUCAAGGAGGACGGCGUCGGCGGCCUGAUCCUCAAGAUUGCCGAAGGCAUCACCGGCCUCGUCUCCGAGAGGCACUUGUCCGACAUUCGACUGCAGCAUCCCGAAAAGAAGUUCCGCCCCGGCAUGAAGGUCAAGGCUCGCGUCCUGUCAUCCAACCCAUCCAAGAAGAGGAUGCGCCUGACGCUGAAGAAGACGCUGGUCAACUCGGAGCUGCCGACCGUCAAGUCGUACGCCGAAGUCAGCGUCGGCAUGCAGGUGCCCGGAACCAUCGUGAAGCUGCAGCCGAAAGGCGCCCACAUCAAGUUCUACGGUCCCCUGAGGGGCUUCCUGCCAGUGUCGGAGAUGAGCGAGGCCUACAUUCGCGACCCCGCCGAGCACUUCCGCGUCGGCCAAGUCGUCAGCGUCCACGUUCUCGACGUCGAACCCGACCAGAAGCGGCUGAUUGUCUCUUGCAAAGAUCCCGGCGCCUUCGGUCUGGAGAAGCAAACGGCUCUGAAGAAUCUCAAGGUCGGCGAUGUCGUCUCCGCCAAGGUUACCGAGAGGACCGAGGACCACGUCUUCGUCGAGCUGGCCGACGGCCAGCUCAAGGCCAUCCUGCCCGUGGGACACCUCACCGACAAGUCCAUGUCCAAGAACCAGUUCGCCCUUAAACGCAUCUCAACCGGCCAAACGCUGUCGGGCUUGCUCGUGCUCGAAAAGCACGAGCAGCGCCGCGCCAUCAUCCUCACUAAGAAGCCGAGCCUCCUCCAGGCCGCCAAGGACGGCAAGCUGCCCUCCGCCUUCGGCCAGGUCAAGGUCGGCACCGUCGCCCCCGGCUUCGUCCAGAACAUUACCGCGACCGCCGUCUUUGUCCAGUUCGCCGGCACCCUGCGCGCCCUGCUGCCCAAGGCGCGCUUGCCGGCCGACGUGCAAGCAAAGCCAGACUUUGGCAUGCGCAAGCACGAGUCGAUCGAGGUCAAGGUCGUCGCCGUCAUGCCGGACCUGCACCGCCUGCUGGUCGCUCCCUCCUCGGCCGAUGCGGAGACGGACAGGAAGCAGACGGAGAAGCCGGCGGCGCCCGCCGACGGUCUGACCCAGGGUAGCCUCGUCAAGAUCAGGAUCACGUCCGUCAAGGAGACGCAGCUGAACGUUCAGCUCGUCGACAACGAGUCUCAGCAGGGUCGCAUCGACGUGUCGCAGAUGUUUGACAGGUGGGAGGACAUUGUCGACCCCAAGAAUCCGCUCAAGGCGUUCCACCGGAAGCAGGAGCUCGACGUCAAGGUCAUCGGCGUCCACGACGCCAAGGACCACCGUUUCUUGCCCAUCUCGCACAGGUCCGCCCACUCGGUCCUCGAGCUGACGGCGAAGCCGAGUGAUGUCCAGGGAAACCCCGCGCCGCUGUCACUGGACUCCAUCAAGGUGGGCGACACGCACGUUGCGUAUGUGAACAACAUCACGACCCAGUACCUGUGGGUGAACCUGUCGCCUGGCGUCCGCGGCCGUGUCGCCGCCGUCGAGGCUUCGGACGACCUGUCGCAGCUCAACGAUCUCGCCGCCAACUUUCCCAUCGGCUCGGCCCUCAAGGUGCGGGUGACGGCCGUCGACAGCAAAAACAACCACCUCGACUUGUCGGCUCGCUCGGCGAGCUCCGUGGACGCCGUCACCUGGAGUGCCCUGAAGCCAAACAUGGUCCUGCCGGGCCGAGUCACGAAGGUGAACGAACGGCAGGUUCUGAUCCAGUUCGGCGAGAACGUGUCUGGGCCAGUCCAUCUCCCCGACUUGGCCGACAACUAUGACGACGUCAACACGCUCGACUACAAGAAGAACGACAUAGUCCGCGCGUCGAUCGUCGAAGUGGACGCGCCCAACAAGAGGUUGCGCCUAUCCAUGCGCCCUUCGCGCAUCAUGAGUUCUACGCUGCCCGUGACCGACCGGGAGAUCCGCAACGUGGCCCAGGUGUCCAACGGCGACGUCAUUCGGGGCUUUGUCAAGAACGUGUCCGACAAGGGACUCUUCGUCCUGCUCGGCGGCCAGGUGACGGCCCUCGUCAAGAUUGCCAACCUGUCGGACAGGUUCCUCAAGGAGUGGAAGGAUCAGUUCCAGAUCGACCAGAUGGUCAAGGGUCGCGUCAUCGCCGUCGACCCGACAGUGAACCAGAUCGAGAUGAGCCUCAAGGCUUCCGUCGUCGACGAGGACUACACGCCGCCGAUCACCUUCAACGACAUCAAGGUGGGUCAGGUGGUCACCGGCAAGGUGCGCAAGGUCGAGGAGUUUGGCGCCUUCAUUCUCGUCGACGGCUCCGUCAACGUCAGCGGCCUGUGCCACCGCAGCCAGAUGGCCGACAACGCUGUCAAGGAUGCGACGAAGCUCUACAAGGAAGGCGAUCUCGUCAAGGCUAGGGUUCUCGACGUCGAUGCCAAAAAGCGGAGGAUGACCUUGGGUCUGAAGCCGUCGCUGUUCGAUGACGACAGUGACUCCGGCUCCGACGCAGGUGCUGCUCUCGAUAAUGUCGAUGACAGCGACGACGACGACGACGACGACGACGACGACGUGGACAUGGACGACGGCGCCUCAAUCGAGAUUCUGGGGACCGACAAUGUCGAUGCCGACGAGGAUUCCGACGAGGACGCCGGCGAGGGCUCCGACCACUCUGCGAGCGAUGGCGAAGACCAAGUGAUGCAGGACGCGACCCGAACCCGCGGCCUGGCUGUCGGAAAGAAGGCGGCGUGGUCGGCCGACCCCUUCGACGACUCGGGCUCCGAGUCGGACGAAGCGGCGAAACCGGAAAAGAAGAAGAAGCGGAGGAAGGCGGAGAUUCAGGAAGACAAGACGGCCCAGCUCGACGCCCACGGCCCCCAGACCUCGAGCGACUUUGAACGACUACUGCUGGGCCAGCCGGAUUCGUCGGAGCUUUGGAUCGCGUACAUGGCCCUGCAGAUGCAGGUGAGCGAUCUGAGCAAGGCGCGGGACGUUGCCGAGCGUGGCAUCCGCACCAUCAACAUUCGACAGGAGACGGAAAAGCUCAACGUCUGGGUGGCCUACCUCAACUUGGAGGUAGCCUACGGCAACGACCAGACGAUUGAGGAGGUGUUCAGGCGCGCGCUGCAGUACAACGACGCGCAAGAGGUGCACGAGCGGUUGGCCAGCAUCUUCAUUCAGUCCAAGAAGCUCGUGCACGCGGACAAGCUCUUCGAGGCCAUGCUCAAAAAGUUUGGUGCCCGCUCGCCCAACGUCUGGAUCAACUACGCCCACUUCCUGCAUGAGACCAAAGCGGAACCGGACCGGGCCCGGGCACUGCUCCCGCGAGCGAUGCAACAGCUGGAGAAGCGGCACCAUGCGACCAUCACCAGCCGCUUCGCGGCGCUCGAGUUCCGAUCGGCAAACGGAGAGCCGGAGCGUGGCCGAACCAUCUUCGAAUCCCUCCUGGACGCCUUCCCCAAGAAGGGAGAUUUGUGGAACCAGCUGCUCGAUCUCGAAACGGGCAUCGGCGCCGAUGCGCCUGCGGUCCGGGACGUCUUCGAGCGACGGACGCGAGUCAAGGGCUUGAAGCCGCAGCAGGCAGAAAAGUGGUUUCGCCGCUGGGCCGCCUGGGAGGAGUCGCAGGACCCCAAGGGCAAGGACAAGGUGAUGGCCAAGGCCCGGGAUUGGGCGGCGACGUUCAAGGCGAGAAAAGAGGCCGAAGCGGCCGAUGCCGCCGAGGAUGAGAUGGAAGAGUAA